AUGGUACCAAGGGAGAGUAAGUUUGUGGCAACAUGGCUAAACACAACCAAGGAGGUCAGAAUUGCCAAUAAAUACUGGACCCGUUAUGGUACCUCCUUCAGGAAAAUGGUGAAGAAGAUUGACAUAAGCCACCACGCCAAGUACACUUGCUCCUUCUGUGGCAAAACCAAGAUGAAAAGACGAGCUCUGGGGAUCUGGCGUUGUGGUUCCUGCAUGAAAACCGUAGCAGGUGGUACCUGGACCUCCAACGCCACUUCUACUGUCACAGUAAAGCCGGCUAUCAGGAGACUGAAGGAGUUGAAGGACCAGUAGAAGCUCCACCAUUUGAAACAUUGCUUACUUAUAAUAAAUGGGUUAAUUGAUAUAGCAAUAAACAAAACAACAACAAAAAGAAUAUAUAGCAACUGGCCUUGAAAGGCGUACUAGCUCUCUGGAGCACAGGGCAAGCAAGCUUACUGCACAUUAUAAAAAAAUUAGAUUCCCUAAGCUUAGACUUCCUGUCCUCUAACUCAACUCACUGCAUGUGCAGGUGUCACCUAGCCCUCUUCUCAGGGUCACGUGAGAACUGGGGCUGACGCCCUGCUGACACUCUGGCUACUACUAUUGCCAUGAGUAGAAACCCUUUGUCUCUGAUCCAGGAGUUUUGUGUCUUCUGGCAUCCAUGAAACUGGCUGACCCAAAGCUGGCUCGCUUAUGGUCACGGUGACUUGCGUGUCACUUCCCUUAUGACAGUGAACUGACGGACUGAUUUGCUUUUACCUGCUGGCAUUGUCAAUUCUGAUUCUACCAAGCUGAGGACCAGUUCCUGGCCUUGGAGAAUGAAUUAAUAGAGACAAAGACCUUCUGGAAGACAGAACCAACAGCGGUGUUCUUAGAGAAUUUAUAUGAAAUCAGAUUGAAAGGGUUCCUUCUCUGGCCUUGCAUCAGUCAGAAUCCGAUCAGGAGGCAAAAACCACAGCAGGCAUUUUUGUGAAGAACUUAAUAUAAAGGAUUAUAAGCCAGGUUAUUAGAGAAGAGAAAAGGCAAAGAGGGGGCACCGGGGUUUCACAGAGGUAAGAAUCAUGGCAGUCGCGCC